UUUGAUGUGAACCAUGUGAAGCCCAGAUGCAGCUUAGUCAUGGACCAAAGACUAGGUAGGAGGGRGUUUAGGCACGUUUCUUAUUGGCUGCUGGACGACAGGAACUUGGGGGGGGAAAAAAAACAAAAAAACAACAACUUGCAAAACUUGAUCCACUUAAGUUUAGACCAAGCUAGUUCCAAAGAGCUAUGGCAACACAAACUAAGCCUGUACUUCAUGGAUACUUCAGAAGUUCCUGUUCCUGGAGGGUCCGCAUUGCGUUUUCUCUGAAAGGCAUCGAGUAYGACCAGGUUCCAGUCAAUCUGAUCAAAGAUGGAGGUCAGCAGAUGACAGAGCAGUACCAAGAAUUAAACCCAAUGAAGCAAGUGCCGGCAGUGGAAAUAGACGGCAUCACUCUCUCUCAAUCACUUGCAGUGAUUCAGUACAUCGAUGAGACCAGACCGGGACCUCGUCUUCUGCCUGCAGACCCAAAGGCACGUGCUCAGGUUCGAAUGAUAAGUGACCUCAUUGCUUCGGGAAUUCAGCCUCUACAGAACUUGUAUGUGCUGCAGAAAAUAGGAGCAGAGAAGGCAGAGUGGGCGCAGCACUUCAUUCAUCGUGGUUUUCAAGCUCUAGAGCCGAUUCUGAAGAAAACAUCUGGAAAAUACUGCGUAGGCGAUGAGAUCUCCAUGGCAGAUAUUUGUCUGGUACCACAAGUCUACAACGCUGAGAGGUUUAAAGUGGACGUGGAGCAGUAUCCAACAAUCAAAAGAAUAAACGAGACUUUACUUGAGACUGAAGCUUUCAAAGUGAGUCAUCCAUCUCGGCAACCCGAUACACCUGCUGAUCUCAGAGCAUGAGAUGAGUUUCAAACAUGAGUUAAUAAAGAGAUUUAAAAAUAAA